AUGCCCAUCCGUUCUUCCAGACUGAGAGAUAAAGAAAUCCAAGAUCUCCAGUGUAUUCAGUGCAGUCGAACUUUUUCCAAACCAGAACAUCUCCGCCGCCAUCAACGCUCUCACACCGGAGAGCGACCGUUUAAAUGCAAAGUCUGCGGGCGAACAUAUGCUAGAAGCGACGUGUUGACGCGACAUACGCGAAACCAUCAUCCACAAGCAACUCGGCGCUCUAUUUCCGAAUCUUCGCCUUCGCCUCUAGACUAUGGGGAUGAGAGCUCUCAAUCUAUCGAUAAGCCAGUUCAUGGGCAGUCCCCCAUCGAAGCACAACGCAAUGAUGGGGUAUUCCCCGAACACGAGUGUCAACCGGGGUCAUCGUCGCAGCCCACGAUGACCAAUUCAACCGAAGCAACGCAAUCAAAUCACCAUCUUCCGGUGGAGGAAUGGGGAGCCGUUUCCCUUCCUCCAAAUACGCAUCAUUUGCCUUCUGGGGAAGGCCAGUUUCCCCUUCUUUUCCUUGAUCCCCAGAUCACGAUGCAGCCAUUGAGCCACGAUAAUUCUGGCCCUACCAGUGGUGCAGUAGAGGAUUUGGAGUCGUCAACAAGAGACAGUGAUGGCCACCAAAGGAAUCUCAUCCAUAAUCCUCUCCAACCGAGCCAUCUUGAACUGCUUGCUGGCUCCCCCGCGUUUGACUUGGGUGAUAUUUCAGGCUUCUUCAAGAUGCCCAGCUCGCAGCCAAGCUCCGCAGCCUCACAUGCUCAAGCAUCUAUCAUUCCAGCUGAGAGAUUUGAACAGAUCGAGCGUCUGUGGCCCGGUCGUCGGCGAAGCAACCUCCACCAGUCAUCCCCCUUCUCCUGGGUAGAAGUGGCCAACCACCCCAUGCCAAACCUGUUCAUGCAGCACACUCCAACUGAUCCUUUCGGAUCUCCCGAAGACCAAGAAGCAUUGGAUUCAACUUGGAAUUUCACCGAAGCUUGUCGGACACGUCUAAUGCAGGAUUGCAGUCGCUACUUUAAUCCUGGCACAUCCACCUUUUCCAUAAGCCCGGAGGACCCUGGCCCAUCAUCUGCCCAUGCGAGCAGCGUAGAAGGGAGUCACUCGAGUCCUUUUCUUUGGAAUGGACAAUUCCCCAGUGCCGAUGUUCUAGAUCUGAGUCUCGACCAGUACUUCUACCAUUUUCACGUGCUUUUUCCCAUCGUGCAUCCCCCUACCUUCGACGCCUCCAUGACGCCAAGCGAGCUGCUGUUUCCCAUGUGCCUGAUCGGCCUGGAACUGCUUGAUAAUAAGGCGACCCGAGGCUUCGUCGAAAGCUGUCUUCCGGGGGCCAUGUAUCACUGUCGCGCGGUAAUCACUUCAAGUCAUCUUCGCCGCUGCCCAAGUGCCCAGCUCCUGAUUAUGCUGGGGAGUGCAACUCACCUGCUAUUUAUUGCCACUGUCAUUCCGGAAAUGGCAUAUCAGGAACAAGUCUAUUCGCUGCAUCAAGAAACCCUAUCGUUAGCGCAACAGCGUGGAUUAUUCACUGCUCCCGAUCUCGAGACAAGCUUUUGGAAUGCUCACGGAAAUGAUGAUAUUGUCUGGUAUAGCUGGGCACGAGUCGAAUCGGCCAAGCGACUUCUUUUAUCACUCAUAUUCGCAGAGGCCUAUUCGGGGCAGGUCCUCAAGGCACCGCCUACUCUGAAACUACAAAACAUGCGAGUUCCUGUUCUUUGUAGUGACAGGCUCUUUGCUUUAAGCAACGCCAAAUCAUGGAAGGCAGCUACUGGUCCUCAUCCCAACCAAUGGUGUCCACAUGCUUGGACGCUGGCUUUGGAUCCUGCGAUGCUGCCAGAUGUGGCCAGUGAUUUCGGUAUUCAGGGCUUGCUCGCCUCCGUCUGGCUCUAUAUCUUGGAAUCCAACUACAGUCCUCUGACCAGCACCAACCCACCAGUCCUGAACUUGCACAAAUUCUACCCAUCCAACGAUGCACUCACCUCUGAUACCCGUAUAAAGGACAUCAUCUCUAUCUUCCUUGCCCAAAUCUAUGAUAAAUACAGAGAUCAAUUCAGAACUGGCAACACUAACUCCCUAUUUCUAUGGCACUUUUUAUGCCUCAACUCGUUGGUGGAUAUAAAUACCUGUGAGCUGGCCGCCGGCCGGAACGGGCCUGACCAUGUCCAGAAAGCCCUAGACUCCCUGGAGGAGUGGGCCCAAACCCCGCAGGCCCGGCGGGCAUGUUUACAUAGUGCCCAGUUCAUCGCCAUUGUGGCCCGCCACAAGGCAUCCGACGGGGUCAUGCUGCAUACAGAGAUAGCCAUGUUUGCGGCCGCUUUGGUACUCGGCUUUUAUCUUCUUAACGCUCCUUCGUUGACAUCUGAAGAUCAUUCAACACCCCUCAAUCUCCUCGAUGAGAUCGACUGGACCCUUGUUGGUGCCGAGAUGAAUGCUGGCAGUUCGUCUUCAGCGGAUUGCCCCGUGGUCCAGUUCAUCCGUACCGGAGGUCCAGUUGCAUUUGCAACUGCCGUGUAUCGAAAUCGCCAUGGAGCUGCGCGGCGCGCAUUCAUGAAUUUCGCCGCCCUUCUCGAAAAGAUUGGUAGAUGGAAUUACCGGGACCAUUGCCGGAUUCUUCGAAUUAUAAGUAACACCCUGUUCGAACCAGGGGGGUGCGGUCUCUGA